AUGUCUGCCUCCUCCCUGAGAAGCCAGACGGCGACUUGGCAAGACCGUCUUGAAUAUGCCUGCCGAGAGGCCAACAUCAUGCCGCCUGUGUUCCAAAUCGUCUCCGACCGGCGAGGGAGACGCACAGCCUGGUCCAGCCGGGUGACCGUCCACGGGCGCACGCUCUCGGCUCGGUUCUGGUACGACGGGAAGAACCUGAACAACGCCAAGGAGGAUGCUGCCGAGAUGGCUCUGAACUAUCUCACAGGUUCGAAUCCGAGCUGA